CACAAGAUUUAAAAGCUUAACGAACCGAUUUAUUCGUGGAUCGAAGCUAUCGGUAGAGCGGCAAUUAAUCGAGUUAUCGAUAGCACAAAGUUGUGAUUUGUAAUUUGUUUUAUCUAGCUUCGUAAAUUUAGCAAUUUCAGGUCAUAGAAGGCUUUUAAGUAGCAGGAUAUAGUUAGGGACUGAGUAGGCGUGGGGCUAGUAGUUAAUAGCUAGGAUUUCGGGUCCUAAUCAUACACAUUAAGAAGGUAAUACACUAAACACGGUCAGAAUCCUCCGAGAAAUGAGUUUGAAUCAGCUCCAGGUCAAGGAUGUGCCCACGGUCCGCAUUCUCAUGUUGGGCGAUAAAGGUGUGGGCAAGACGAGCGUGACCAAUUUGAUGGCCUGCAGCGCUGUUACGCCGACACCCGCCUCCAGAUCCAUCGGCCAGCGCCAUUGGAACAUCCAGAUACGGCUCCACGAGUAUCCCAACACCGUGGAAUUGCCACCCUCGCCCACCUGGACAUCGCCCUCCUCGUCAGAGCAUUCGGAUAAGUACCUGUUCCCCCGGCGCAUGCCCGCCACCUCCAAUAUCCUGUAUUUUGUGGAAUUCUUCGAUAUAAGCACCCAAUGUCGUAUACAGCGCGAGCAGCGUAAGAAUAUGUUAAAGAAUAUCGAUGGCAUUGUCCUCGUGUACAAUCUGCAGGACCUGCGCUCGCAGGACAAUCUGCACGACUGGCUGUACGAGCCGCUGCGUCAGAUUAGCAAGCAUCGCCACCGGCGACCGCGCACGAUCUUGGGAAGUCAUCACGUUCCCAUUCUGGUGGUGGGCACCAGGCUGGACAAGUUAAACCGCCGCCCUUUGCAUCGGUCCACCAUUGCCCACCAACUAAAUGCAGAGGAGAUCCUCCUGAACAGCCAAGAUACCGAGAGUUUCGCGGACAAGAGCCGCAACCAGGGCAAGCUUCGAGACUUUCUUAAUCGCGUUGUCGAGUUCAAGGACCGAUAUCCACUUGCGCCGUGACAUGAUUCCUAAACCAAAUGUCACCUUAUAUUUUAUAGAAUUUGUUAUUGUUAAUCUUCAAUAUUUAUUGAGAAACAAAAAAUAGUAUAGAUAGGAAUUUAAGAAUUACGGAGCCAGGGCUCUUUCUAAAAAGGA